GGGAGGAGCCUCGCGCGGCGUCGGGCGGCGCCUGCCGGGACCCCGCAGCCUGGCGCGGGCAGCGGCGGCGGGCGAUGGAGAGCAGAACCCAGACCCGCGCCAUCCUUCCGCGCACGAAGCUGCCCAACACCUGAGUCGGAAGGCCUCCGCCCCGCGCGCCUUUCCGCGGCACUGCCACUCUGGCCGGCAUGUGGGCGCCGGGGCGCUCCGCUGAAGCGCGCAGCAACCUGUCGAGCGCAGCGGAGGACUGCGGCUCGGUGUCCGUGGCCUUCCCCAUCACCAUGAUGGUUACCGGCUUCGUGGGCAACGCGCUGGCCAUGCUGCUUGUAUCGCGCAGCUACCGGCGCCGUGAGAGCAAGCGCAAGAAGUCUUUCUUGCUGUGCAUUGGCUGGCUGGCCCUUACUGACUUGGUGGGGCAGCUCUUGACCAGCCCGGUGGUCAUCCUCGUGUACCUGUCUCAGCGGCGCUGGGAGCAGCUCGACCCAUCGGGGCGCCUAUGCACCUUCUUCGGACUGGCCAUGACGGUGUUCGGUCUGUCCUCGCUCCUGGUGGCCAGUGCCAUGGCCGUGGAGCGCGCGCUGGCCAUUCGCGCGCCUCACUGGUAUGCUAGCCACAUGAAGACUCGCGCCACGCGCGCUGUGCUGCUAGGCGUGUGGCUGGCAGUGCUUGCCUUCGCACUGCUGCCGGUGCUGGGGGUGGGCCGCUACAGCGUGCAGUGGCCCGGCACGUGGUGCUUCAUCAGCACCGGGCCCGCGGGCAACGAGACCGACCCUGCGCGAGAGCCGGGCAGCGUGGCUUUUGCCUCCGCCUUCGCCUGCCUGGGGUUGCUGGCUCUGGUGGUCACCUUUGCUUGCAACCUGGCUACCAUCAAAGCCCUAGUGUCCCGCUGCCGCGCCAAGGCCGCCGCCUCUCAGUCUAGCGCCCAGUGGGGUCGGAUCACCACCGAGACAGCCAUCCAACUCAUGGGGAUCAUGUGUGUGCUGUCUGUCUGCUGGUCUCCGCUAUUGAUAAUGAUGUUGAAAAUGAUCUUCAAUCAGACAUCCGUUGAGCAAUGCAAAACACAGAUGGGAAAGGAGAAGGAGUGCAACUCCUUCCUGAUUGCAGUUCGCCUGGCUUCGCUGAACCAGAUCUUGGACCCCUGGGUUUAUCUGCUGCUAAGAAAGAUCCUUCUUCGGAAGUUCUGUCAGAUCAGGCCCCACUCCAACUACGCUUCCAGCUCCACCUCCCUGCCCUGCCCAGGCUCCUCAGCUCUGAUGUGGAAUGACCAGCUGGAAAGGGACUCCAGAGCCAUGGGUGGACUGGGCGAAGUCUGCCAGCUUGUGUUCUGUAACCUAUAUCCAAAAGGGAGGAUGUGAAGAAAAGGGUUUCACUGUUUUUAAGACAGCACACUCAGCUUAUCAAAUGACAAACACCCUGAGGUGGAUUUUCAUUGCAGUUCCUGCUUCCCUGGGUCUGUGAGUCCCCCCCCCCCACCCCUGAGAAAGAUACCUGAAUAUUUUGGGUUGUAUCUUCUUUUGGCUCCAUGUUUUAAUUUUUUCUUACCAAUAAACAACUGAGACAAGCUUUCUUAUGAUAACCGGAACUUCUGGAUGCUGAUUGACUUCUGUGAAGGACUGGGACUUUGCACUUGGGAAGUAGGGCAGAACUGCAUAGACAAGGCUUGUAAGAAGCACAGACUAACUUGUUACAGCACCGUCUCCAGCUCCAGCCUUGACAGAACAUCUUCACAUGUUUUUGUAGUUUGAUUCUUCUACAUAGAUUUGAAAAAGCAGCAAAGCUUUUAAACAGUGAAACAUCAACAUGUUGAGUAUGAGCUUAACAAGACAAAAAGCUGUGUGGGAAUCAGAGGACAGUGAGCAAAGGGUGUUUGUGCCAAGCAGGCAUGGGACACCACAGAGUUGUGUCCUUUGAUCAACGAGGCUGGGAAAUAAAGGUUCUAACUUAAUUCUGGUAUAGGCCCCUCAGUAAUUCAGGAAUCACCUAUUGUUUCUCUGCUCUUAAAGGGAGCAGUUCGGCUAAGGGGGCCUUCCAAGUGUGUGGGAGGCUGUGAGACCUUUCCCACCUUUUCUAGGGUUCUUAGGAAGAGGAGAGAGGGCUAAAAAAAUAUCAGAUAAAAAGAGAGAUCUAGCCAACGAGAAGACAGAAACACAGAUAGCUUCGGGAGGGCCUGGAUCAAUACGCAACAGCCUCAAAGGUUUAUUGAAAAAGACUUUUUAUAACAUGCCAAGGGGAGAGGCAAAAGAGCUCCCCCUUGCUAGAUCAAAGCACACCAUACAGCUAAGUAUAGACCCUUCCAAACACCUGGUAAACAUGCUGGUGGUCAAAUCCUCUCCUUAUACAGCCCUGUGGGGUAAAGCAAGCUCAGAUUCUCUGACCCUGAGUAAUUUGAGCUCCCACACAAAUGUCACUAACAAUUCCAAGGCUAGAUGACUAGAUGUUCAGUUAAAACCAUAAAAAGGAAAACCAGAUACAGCCAGCUAAUUAUGGUUCCAGUUCAAUCUUAUUUCUGAAUCACUGUCAACUUAAGACUUCUCAUAAUUUGUGCUCAGGCAGCACACACACACAAAGGGCAAAAAUAAUAAGUGACAAUCAUUCUAUAUCAAGUCUGUGACUUUUUAUGAAAUAAAAUGAUUUUGUCUGUGCUGAAAUAGUGAACUUUAAAAAAUAUUUGAGUUCUUUAAUAGCUUCCAUCUGGUACACAUUUGCCUGCUUGUAAAUCCAACAACCUGUUUUCCUUCUUCAGUCUGCCCUUUGGAUUCCUCCCCACCCCCCAGUUCACCUAGUUCAGUAGAUGUUCAGUGUCUGCCUAGGCAGUCACUAUCUCACACUGUCACCUCUGUGGGUGUCUUGAGAAGAGAUGAGAAUCUGGGAUCUGUUGUUUCACCCUGGGAGCCUGUAUCAGGAGUCCAUUGUCACUCUGUCCACCUAUAACUAAAUGAUGUGGUCCGUGAAUCAGCUGUCAACUCCCAUUGCUCUAUUUUGACUGUUUUUACAAUGGACUGAACUAGUCCUUAGCUGAUCACUCAUACUACCCACUUCUCAGAUUUAAGUUCAGUGACCAUUACUGAGCACAGGUAAAGAUCACCAUCAGAGCAAUGUCCAUCGCUCACCUUCAUGGCUAUUGAGUGGUCAUCUACUAUUUAUUUUCACAAGACAGAGCUCUGUACAGGGUUCUCCGUUAGUACCAUCACUUAAGAUUUGCUGCAGUGACACCCACUUAAAGGACCAGGUGAUGUAGCAUGAGCAUGGGUUUUGAAGCAAAGUUGGAUUUGACUCUCAAUACAUCACACACAGGCCCUAUGCCCUUGAGAAAGCUUCAGUACAUGCCACUGGGUCUCAAAUUAACCUACCUAUAAGAUGAAAACAGUACUUCCCAUAGAGUUAUUGUGAGGAUCUCUGUGAAGUGUGUGCAAUGUGCUAGACCAGUAAACAUUGACGGUGUUUAACUCCUUGUUCAGAAUUAUUUCCAAGUACUUGAUAUGAGCUCUCAGUUUCAACUACAAACUGACUUUCUUACUGCAGGGGGUUGAAUGUCAUGGGCAGAAUCCACUUCAAACCCAUGUGUUAGUGUCUGUACCAUGUAACCAUUGCAGAACUUCCCACUUCCUAUGUGUUCUCUCCUUGUCUUAGGCCUUGGACAAUUCAUACCUAUGUGUGUCCUCAUCUGUACUAUCACUCUGACAUUACAUGGACCCCACAGUAUCAUACCAUACUGUUCCUUAGACACUUACACUCUGUGUCCUUUUUUCCCUUGAAAAACAAUGGCUAGAUCCCUUUUUGUUAUAUUCUCUUAUCUAUCUCAACAGUGUGUUAUCCUGUCUGACACCUAGAAAGUUGCCACUGAUUUAGUAAAUUAUCAGCAGGGGUGACAUCUAUAUAGAGGACUACCAGCCUUUAAUUGGAAGGAAUUCAGUGGGAAGCUGCUCCCAUACCAUUACCAUUCAGGUGAGGAAAUUUCUUGUUAAUUUCUUGAUUUGUGUGUCUGUCUCCAAGGAAUCUAAUCAUACAACACAAGAGUGUAAGGCUCCUUUGUAAUAAUAAUAAUAAUGCAACUGGAGAAGCUUGAAAAGGUGAUUUUCAGACACCAGAUCAGACCUUUUGUGAUCCAUCCAAACUCUGAUGAGAAAGUGUGUGUUUCUGUAAAAUACUUCUGGUGCUGUUUUUAAAAACAGGCUUUAGUUUUUAGCCUAGUUUUAGGUUCUCAACAAAACUGAGUGGAAUUCAAAGAAUGCUUUGCCUUUUAGUUCAGAGAAAUCAUCUACUGAAGAUCAGAUGUAGCUAGAAGUUUUCUUGUGUCCUGCCCAGCCCUGAGGUCCCUCAGCUGCUUAUAAAAUAAUCAU